CCUCCAUAUCGACAGAGAGCUGGGUGGAAACCAACUUCACAGGAAGAUUUUGGUGAUGGCGGUUCAUACCCUGAAUGUCAUGUUGCACAAUACCCUCUUGGCAUGGGCAAGAAGAAGGCAUCUUCCGGCAACACAUUGGCUCUACAAGUAGAUAGUGAGGGGAACGUUCGUUACGACGCCAUCGCCCACCAGGGCCAACGCCCAGGCAAGAUUGUACAGUCUCAAUUCAAAGACCUUGUACCUCUCUUUCACAGAAAAGACAUCGACGAUUCGGAGCGUAGUAUGGAUCGACCCUCGGAGGACGACGUACAGGAGACCGCUGACAAGACACGCGCUGCGCUUGAAAAGCUAGUCAACGGCAAAAUCAAAGCUGCCCAACCUAAAAAUGUGCCAGAUAGUCAAGGGAAGACCGCUUUCAUUCGAUAUACUCCAGGGCAGCAGAAUGGCGAGGCUGGGUUGAAGCAACGGAUCAUAAAGAUGACCGAUGUUGUCGAGGAUCCACUAGAGCCACCAAGGUUCAAGCAUAAGAAAAUCCCUCGGGGCCCACCGAGUCCUCCCCCGCCUGUCCUUCGUAGUCCUCCUCGGAAGGCAACUGCUGCAGAGCAGAAAGAGUGGAUGAUCCCACCUUGUAUUUCAAACUGGAAAAACAACAAGGGUUUCACGAUACCUCUUGAUAAACGGUUGGCUGCGGAUGGACGGGGGCUUCAGGAUAUACACAUCAACGACAACUUCGCCAAAUUCUCCGAGGCUCUCUUCGUUGCUGACAGGCAUGCACGCGAAGAAGUUCGCCAACGGUCUUUGAUGCAGCAAAAGCUUGCACAAAAAGAGAAGGAGUCUAAGGAGGAGAGCCUUCGUCUGUUGGCACAACGUGCUCGCGAGGAGCGCGGUGGCCUUGCACCCAAACCUACAGCUCAGAGUCAAGCUGCUCUUAAAUCUUCUCUAGCCGCGUAUGGCAGCGACAGUGAAAGUGGCGCGGAAUCUGACGAGGACAGUGAAGACGACGAAGAAUCUCGUAAGAUUCGUGAUCAGAUGAGGCAAGAAAAGCGAAGAGAGCGAGAGCGAGAACUGCGAAUGAAUAACAUGGGUACAGAGCAGCGGGCCAAGCAAAUGGCACGACAGCAAAACCGCGACAUUUCGGAAAAAGUUGCGCUUGGACUGGCCAAACCUACGCUGUCAAAGGAAUCGAUGUUGGAUUCGCGAUUGUUCAACCAGGAAUCGUUGUCCGGAAAUUUCGCCGAUGAGGAUUCGUAUAACCUCUAUGAUCGUCCUCUCUUCCACGGUUCUACUGCUGCCGCUGCAAUUUAUAAAGCGAGAGGGAAUAUUGCGGAAGGAAAUGAGGAGUCCUUUGGAGGUGGAACGGAGGAAGGUAUUGGAAAGGCAUUGGACAAUGAUCGCUUCAGUUUGGGCCAGGCAAGGGUUGGAUUCGAAGGUGCGGCAGACCAAGAGAUCAAGGAGGGGCCAGUACAGUUUGAGAAGGACACUGGGGAUGUGUUUGGCUUGAACCAGUUCUUGGACGAGGCGAAGACUGGAAAAAAGCGGGGGCUGGAUACUGGAGCGUAA